AAAGGCCUAAUUGGCUAUGGCUUUCUCUCUCUCUUUCUCUAUCUCUCUCAGCUCCUCUUUGGAAUUUCUCUCUCUUUCUAUAUAUAUGGGCCAUAGAGUUUUACUGUUGUGAUACAAUAGCCCGGCAUCAAAGCAAAGUAAGGGUGUUGUUAGAGAGAAUAAAAGCUUUUGCUUUCUCCUUUAAGUAGAGUUUCUUUGCAAUUUGCAAGAGCCAGCUUCUUCUUCUUCGUCUUUCUUCUUGUUCUUGAGGCUAAAGAAAGUAAAAUCUUUAAAUCUUUUUAAUUAUUUGGGUGAGAGAGAUGUCGAGCUGCAUCGAUGUUGUGCCUGAGCAACUCUGCUACAUCCCUUGCAACUUUUGCAAUAUUGUUCUUGCGGUGAGUGUACCAUGCAGCAACUUGUUUGACAUCGUGACCGUCCGAUGUGGCCACUGCACCAAUCUAUGGUCCGUCAACAUGGCAGCUGCCUUUCAGUCACUUUCAUGGCAAGAUGUUCAGACACCAAGCUAUAGCUUUCCUGAUUACAGAAUUGACUUGGGUUCAUCAUCCAAGUGCAAUAACAAGAUCUCAAUGCGUGCUCCGGCGAGUCAUGUCUCUGAGGACAGGGUCGUUAAUCGACCUCCCGAGAAGAGGCAGCGCGUACCUUCUGCAUAUAAUCAGUUCAUAAAAGAAGAGAUUCAGAGGAUCAAGGCAAAUAACCCAGAUAUCAGCCACAGAGAAGCAUUCAGUACUGCUGCCAAAAAUUGGGCACAUUACCCUCACAUCCAUUUUGGGCUUAUGUUGGAGACCAACAGCCAAGCUAAGCUGGAUGAUGCCUCUGAGAAGCACCUAAUGUCAAGGGCUGCACUAUAUAACAAAUGAUGGACUUGAUUUUUCAAGACCAACUUGAUGGAAGUCUGUGCUAUUACCACUAAAGGAAGUGUUGACUCCAAUGUGUUUGAAAGACAUGAAUUAAUAUCUAUUAUCUAUAUUCUUCAGAAGUGUUUGUCAUGACUUGAACUUAACUAGCUACUUGUUUUGUCAUUUAAUUUUAUAUGAAUAUCCUCCUGUGUCCAUGUCAAGAUAUGAGGAGAAAAUAAAUUUCAAUAUCUAUGUUGUUUGUCU